AUGAGGAAGGCCAUGGACGAGAUGAGGGAGAAUAUUAGAAGAGUGAAUCUCGUAGAUGAUUUAGUUCAUCGAACUGAUUCCCCUUUCGUGGCUUUCAUCAACAGCCAUCUCCUGCCUUUUAAGUUUAAGAUGCCUUCCUUAGACUUGUAUGAUGGAACGCGCGAUCUGUGUGAUCAUAUCACAACCUUCAAGACUACAAUGCACCUUCAAGGGGUCCCAAAUGAGAUUAUGUGUAGGGCCUUCCUUACCACCCUUAAGGGGCCAGCACGAGUGUGGUUUAGCAAGAUACCUCCAAACACUAUGAGUUCUUUCGAAAAAUUGAGUAAGUUGUUUGUCAACAAUUUUAUCGGAGGACAAAGGCAUAAGUGCUCCUCGUCUAGCUUGUUAAUCAUAGAGCAAGGGGAAAAUGAAAGCUUGCGGUCCUUCAUUACUUGUUUCAACAGGGAAGCCCUUACGGUAGAUGAAAUGGACGACAAGUUGUUAUUGGUAGCUUUCCAUAAUAUAGUUAAUUUUGAUUUAUUCAUUCAUAAACUCUAUGAGCAAGAGCCUCAAACCAUAGCUGAACUUGUCUAUUCAGCCCAAAGCUUCAUGAAUGCAGAGGAUGCAAUCAUAGCUAAGAAGAGGAAGAAAGCCGAGCAAAUGGAAGCAGAUCUACCAUGUCAUCCAAAACAGGGUCUUCGUCCAAAGAAGGCCCGAACAGGAGAGAAGAAGGAUCGAGACAAUAGGAAGGCGGGUCAGUCUUCAGGAAGGAGUCAGCACCACAUGCCCUUGAACGCUCCAUUUAAUCAAGUACUUAUGCAAAUCAAGGAUGACCCAUCCUUGAAGUGGCCAGAGAAGAUGAAGGGAGAUCCCAAUAAUCGCAACAAGAACAAAUAUUGUCGCUUCCAUAGAGACCAUGGGCAUGAUAUGGAUGAGUGCUAUGAUUUAAAGCAGCAGAUAGAGAAUCUUAUCAGACAGGGAAAGUUGAGGCAUUUCGUUGGAAGAGAUCAUAAAGACGAGAAGUUGAAAGGAAAGGUAGAAAAGUCAUCACGACCCCCACUUGGAGAAAUAAGGGUUAUUAUAGGAGGUACUUCAACAGGGUAG